UCAUUUGGCUCUCACACUCAAUCCACAAAUGUCCUCAAGAGGUGACCACCGUCGUCGAGAUAGAAGCUGGGAGCGCGACUCAAGAGACAGGGACAGAUACUCACGGAAAUCACGAAGUCCUCGACGAGACAGAGACCGACGCUCAAGAAAUGGUGACCGUCGCUUCUCCUUCCAUUCUCAUAGUACUGACCAAGUUCCUCAAGAUUAUCGAGACUAUGGACGUGAUAGGGAAGAUACGCGAAGGGAUAGAGAACGAGGAGACAGAGACAGAGACAGAGACUACAAGCCGAGAGACGGGCCACGCGACCGCGAUGAUGUGAAAAGCCGUGGUGAAUCCUCCAAGCUCGAUGAUUCACGUCGUUCAGAUAAACCAAGGGAACCAGUAGUACAGAAGGAUAGCGUUCCAAAUGACACAGAAAGCCGUACUCCUCGUUCCACCAGACCGAAUUUAGAUCCAGAUGCUCCUGAUGACGUUCAAAAUGAAGCCAUAGAUGACCCAGACGAGGAAGCCAUGAUGGCCAUGAUGGGCCUCGGUGGAUUCGGCUCGACCAAGGGAAAGCACGUCGAUGGCAACCAGGAAGGUGCUACAAACUGUCAAGAAGACUCACGUGGUGGAUUCAACAGACCGUUGGAUAAGAUCAAAUAGAUCUCAUGGCUACCCACUCUUCUUUCGGCGAGUGUUUCUUUUGUUUCCACCGAGCUGAAUUGCUGCGUUACCCGGCAUUUACAAGUUAUUGCCGCAGUACUUUAAAUCUGAUGAACGCAAUUCAAAAUACAC